CUCCCUUUGGUUUCAUACCUGUAUUAUUAUGAUAAAAAUAUUUUACACACAGUCACGAGUCGACACUAAACUUGUAAACUCCAGUUUACUCAGAGAAUGUAAGAAGUGGACGAGAAAGAAAAGAUACAAAUAAAAUGUUCAACAACGAAAAUACAGCUGAUUCCAUGAUAAUCUCCCUUGAUAAGACAACAGAUAGGUCAAAGGAACACUCAAUCUCAAAUUCAGGUGAUGUUAAGACAACAGACAAGUCAAAUAAACACUCCAUCUUGAAUGCUUGCGAAAAUGACUUUGAAUGUAAAGUGUGUGGUGAACGUUGCAGUAAUGGUACAAAUCUGAAGGCGCAUAUGAGAUCACACAUUGAUAAAAAGACUUUCAACAUGCUUGAAUGUGAUAUAUGUUUUAAAGGACUUAGUACAAAGCAUGGUUUAAAAAUACACAUGAGAACACACACUGGUUAUAAGCCUUUUCAAUGUAAAGUCUGUGGUACAGAGUAUAGUCAAAAAUGGAGCUUAAUGCAGCACAUGAAAUUGCAUACAGGCGAUAAACCGUAUCAAUGUGAUGUAUGUGGUAAAGAGUUUAGGCAGAAUAAUACCUUACAAACACACAUGAAAACUCAUACUGGAGAUAAACCUUAUAAAUGUGAUGUCUGUGAAAAAGUAUUUAGGAGUUAUCAAGGUUUACAAGUACACAUGCUAACACACACUGGUUAUACACCAUAUCAGUGUGGUGUAUGUGAUAAAGAGUUUAGGCAGAAUGGUAGUUUACAAUUACACAUGCGAACUCAUACUGGAGAAAAAAAUUAUAAAUGUGGUGCAUGUGGAAAAGUUUUUAUGCAAUUCAAUGUUUUACAGACGCACAUGAGAAUACACACUGGUGAAAAACCUUUUGAGUGUGAUAUGUGUGGGGAAAAGUUUAGUCGGAAAGAUACCUUACACACACAUAUUAAAAUACACACUGGAUAUACACCUUAUCAAUGUAAUGUAUGUGGUAGAGAGUUUAUCAACAAAUUUCGGUUACGGUCACACAGUACUUUGCAUACUGGUGACAAAAAGUAUAAAUGUGUCGAAUGCAGUAAAAGUUUUCGUGACAGUCAUAGCUUAAAGGAACACACGAGAAUGCACACUGGUGAUAAACCUUAUAAAUGUGAUGUAUGUGGAAGAGAAUUUAGUUUUAGACAGAACAUGAGGGCCCAUAUGAGAACACACACUGGUGAUAAACCUUAUAAAUGUGUUGUAUGUGAUAAGGCGUUUAGGCAGAAUGCUAACUUACAGUCACACAUGAGAACACAUACCGGAGAAAAACGUUACAAAUGUGAUGUAUGUGAAAAAGGUUUUUGUCAUAUUUAUGGUAUAAAGAAACACAUGACAAUACAUACUGGAGAUGAACAUACUGAAGAUAAUCUUUAUAAAUGUAGUUUAUGUGGAAGAGAAUUUAGUUCUGGACAGUACAUGAGGAUCCAUAUGAGAACACACACUGGUGCUAAACCUUAUAAAUGUGAUGUAUGUGGUAAACGAUUUAGGCAUAGUGGUAACUUACAGAGACACAGUACUUUGCAUACUGAUGACAACAAGUAUAAAUGUGACCAAUGCAGUAAAAGUUACACUAAUAGUUAUAAUUUACGGAUACACAUGAGAAAUCACACUGGUGAUAGACCUUAUAAAUGUGAUGUAUGUGGUAAAGGAUUUAGUAUUGGGCACACCAUGAGGGACCAUAUGAGAAUACACACUGGUGAUAAACCUUUUAAAUGUGAGGUAUGUGGUAAAGCGUUUGGGCAGAAUGGUCAAUUACACAGACACUUCACCGUACAUACUGGUGACAAAAAGUUUAAAUGUGAAAAAUGCAGUAAAAGUUACACUAAUAGUUAUAACUUACAGAUACACAUGAGAACACACACUGGUGAUAAACUUUAGUAUUGGGCACACCAUGAGGAUUCAUAUGAGAGUACACACCGGUGAUAAACCUUAUAAAUGUGAUGUAUAUGGAAGAGGAUUUAGUCAGUUUAUGAAUUCAAAGACACAUAUAUAUGUUUUCAACCGCAUAAGGUCAUGUUUGAUAUAAUACAUGAAAAAAUGCUAGCCUGAGAAAGAACGUUCAUUAAAGGAUACAAGAUCAUG